AUGGUUCUAUGCUUACACAAUCGGCCACCGCUGGAGCGAUUCCGAGUGCUGUGCGCUGUUUGCCUUGUCUUUGAUGCGAUUUUCACCUUGAUUUUCGUCCUGUCGGGCAUGUCUGCCAGUGUCCACUCAGUGGAGACUAUAUGCUAUGAGCAGAAUGGGUACUCCUGGCACAACAUCCUGGCCUUAAGUUUCAUUGUGUCGGCGAUAUUUGCUGGCUGGGGAGUACUGCUGCAUGGUGGCGUCGUCACGAGCGGCGAGGGGGCCCCACUGAAACAAGCACAGCUGGUGGGCGUUUCCCGCUAUGGCCACAUACUUGUUGCCUGGACGUUUAUUGCAGCAGUGUUGGAAGCGAUAGCCUAUCGGCAACAGCCUACUGUGUGCAUGGGAGAUGGAGAGGCCGCGGUCGCUCAGCCAACGCUUACAACCGGCGAGACCGGCUUCACAGAUAUGCAUGUAGAAGCAGUUUGGCAUCUGGCCUCCACGGUGAUGUGGCUGGUGUGGGUUGUGGGUGCAGUUGCUGCCGCAAUGUCCGCGAAGCGCAAUAUACCUGUGCUAGAGGAUGCGAGAUUGCAAGUGGCCUCGCCGGACAGGGAUGGUGCUCAGCUGGUAGGCGUUCCGGUGCAGGAGGAUCUGCCCAUGGGCACGGUCACUGGCGUCGCUCAAUCCGCCACCACAGGUGCACCUGCACUUCCACCAACUUUUCACGGGAUGCCAGUGGCAACUGCAGUGGCGGGCUCGAUAGGAGCCGACGGAGUAUGCCAGGGCAUGCCCGUUCGAGACGAAAGUGGUAAUGUGGACCGUCCAGCUGGCUUCACGAAAGAUGCAUGA